UUGCCCCUGAGAGAAAAGAAAACCAGGACAAAAGACAGCGCUCGAGAAGAGAAGGAGGCCCAAGAACCAAGAUCCACCACCUUCCCCUCUCCCCCCCUCCGAUCUCGAUCCACCCGCUCUCCUCUCCAACUCUGGUCGCCGCGCUCAAUCAUGGCGGCCGACCGCUCCGCAGCCUCGGCGCCUGCCGAUCCUGAUGGCCCGGACGCUGUCCGCCUCACAUGGAACGCCUGGCCGCGGUCCAAGGUCGAGGCCAGCCGCUGCGUUGUCCCGCUCGCCGCCUCCAUCUGUCCUGUCCGCUCUCCUGAGUCCCUCGCCUCGCCGCCCCUUCCAUAUCCGCCGCUACGCUGCAAGCCGCCUUGCUCCGCCCUCAUCAACCCCUUCGCCCGUGUCGACUACGCCGCCAAGAUCUGGAUCUGCCCGCUUUGCUUCUCGCGCAACCACUUUCCCCCGCACUACGCCGGUAUCUCCGAGAACAACGUGCCCGCCGAGCUCUUCACGCAAUGCUCCACCGUUGAGUAUCUCGUCGCUGGGGCCCCGGGAUCACCAGCACCGCCGCCGCCAGUCUUCUUGUUCGUCAUCGACACGUGCAUCAUCGAGGAGGAACUGGAGUACGUCAAGUUGUCCAUGCGGAAGGCGGUAGCGCUCCUGCCAGAGCACGCACUUGUUGGCCUGGUCACCUUCGGGACGCAAGUGCAUCUACACGAGCUUGGCUUCUCCGAUCUCAGCAAGAUCUACGUGUUCCGGGGGACCAAGGACAUCUCCAAAGAGCAGAUUUUGGAUCAGCUUGGGUUAUCAGGUGUGGGGCGGCCGGGAUUCCCAAAGAUGACGCAGCAGCCAGGGGGGCAACAGGUCAACGGGAUGCAUCCUUCAACCACGGCCGGGGUUAACAGGUUCUUGCUCCCGGUAUCAGAGUGCGAGUGCACACUCAGCACGUUGCUCGACGAGUUGCAGCCUGACCAAUGGCCGGUGGAGGCUGGGAACCGUGCGAUCAGGUGCACUGGUGUUGCGCUCAGCGUGGCAGCUGGGUUGCUUGGAGCAUGCAUGCCUGGGACUGGCGCACGGAUCAUUGCACUACUUGGUGGGCCAUGCACUGAAGGUCCUGGAGUGAUUGUAUCAAAAGAUCUAUCAGAGCCAGUGAGGUCACAUAAGGAUCUCGAUAAGGAUGCAGCUCCUCAUUUCCAGAAAGCUGUCAAAUUUUACGAUGGUCUUGCUAAGCAAUUGGUCAGUCAAGGUCAUGUUUUAGAUGUUUUUGCAUCUGCUCUUGAUCAGGUUGGACUAGCUGAGAUGAAGCUUGCUAUCGAGAGAACAGGUGGCCUUGUUGUCUUAUCUGAGAGUUUUGGGCAUUCCGUGUUUAAGGAUUCUUUUAAACGUAUUUUUGAGGGAGGUGAACAUUCCUUAGGCCUCUCAUUCAAUGGCACACUUGAAAUAAACUGCUCGAAGGACAUUAAAGUUCAGGGUGUUAUUGGACCGUGUACAUCUUUGGAGAAGAAAGGAGCUCUAUGCGCAGACACAGUUGUCGGCCAGGGAAAUUCAACGGCAUGGAAAAUGUGUGGGCUUGAUAGGAAUACAUCAUUUACAGUAUUUUUUGAUGUCUCACCGAGUGAACGCACCAGCCAGCCUGGACAUCAAAAUCCUGAUUUAUAUAUACAAUUUGUAACCAGUUACCAACACCCAGAAGGUCAAAUGAGGAUAAGAGUUACUACUAUAUCCAGAAAAUGGGUUGAUGGUUCUACCAAUACUGAGGAACUAGUCGAAGGAUUUGACCAGGAAACUGCAGCUGUUGUUUUGGCAAGAUACAUUUCAUUGAAAAUGGAAUUAGAGGAAGAGUUUGACGCAACACGAUGGCUCGAUAGAUCUCUCAUACGACUUUGUUCAAGAUUUGGGGAUUAUCGAAAGGAUGAUCCCUCUUCGUUUAGCCUACAUUCUAAUUUCUCACUGUUUCCUCAGUUUAUGUUUAAUCUCCGACGUUCACAAUUUGUUCAGGUUUUCAAUAACAGUCCAGAUGAGACAGCUUAUUUCCGAAUGUUACUCAACCGUGAGAGCAUCACUAAUUCGGUUGCGAUGAUUCAGCCUUCAUUAAUUUCAUUUUCAUUUGAUACACCUCCUUCCCCUGUAUUCCUGGAUGUGGCGUCAAUAGCACCAGAUCGUAUACUGCUACUUGAUGCAUACUUCAGUGUUGUCAUCUUCCAUGGCAUGACAAUUGCUCAGUGGAGAAACAUGUGUUACCAGAAUCAGCCAGAGCAUCAGCAAUUCGCACAAUUAUUACAAGCUCCUCAGGAGGAGGCUCAGGUCAUAAUAAAUGGCCGAUUUCCAGUUCCUAGACUAGUUGUCUGUGACCAACAUGGCUCGCAGGCGAGGUUCUUGUUAGCCAAGCUGAAUCCAUCAGCCACAUACAACUCAGCACACGAUGUUCCAGCAGGUUCUGACAUCAUAUUCACAGAUGAUGUCAGCUUCCAGGUCUUCUGUGAGCAUUUACAAAGGCUGGCCGUUCAGUCGUAAGGAAAUGCAUGCAUGGUUUUACUCCCAAGUUGAUAACUAUUUAACGUUUUACCAUGUUUAUAGGUUGAGUUGUGAGAAAAAUAUCAAUUUACUUGUAUACUCUUCUCCAUGUGUCUUAUCAUCGUGACAGGUCAGGUGUUUUUUUGGAAAAUAAACUUUAUAGCAUGUAUCAGUUGUCUGGAAGUCUUGUAACCCAUCAUUCAUAGUUCUAUAUAAUUAAUGACCAUGAUCCAUCCUUUUUUUC